AAGAAACCUACUGAAAUACCACUGCGGUGACACUUUCAAGCCACUUGAGUAUCAUCGCUACCUAUUAUAAAACAGAGGAUUUAUUUACGUAGUUUUAAAACUAGUUACAUACCGCCCUCACAAACAGGUAAAAGCCUUUUAUUAUCCAGAUACUGUAGGGCAAAUUGUCAACGUAAAGCUAGUUGCAGCUAACCAAGCCGGCUAACGUGAGCAGACUGCAAAGGGAUGGUUGUUGCUAAGUAGCUAGCCAGCUAGCUGCUGUUGCACUGUUGUUGUUUACUGUUUUUGUUCACCGCAGUCAUGAGCGAAGAUGACACUUCAGCAUCUGCGACCAAAGACAAAGACGCGACUCUCCUGCUCACUAAAGACGGGCAGAGGUACUACGUGAACAAGAGCGGAGUGGUGGACAGCAGAAACGUGAAUACACCUCAUGAACCGGAGAACAACGCCUCCUCCUACGACAUGGACGAUCCGGACGAGGAGAGCGACGUCCUGGACACAUCCGACCCCAGAGACGGCGCUGCUAGCCCGGAGGAGCUCAAUGACGAGGAAACGUCCGAGGGCGACAACGCUCCCAAACAGUGCACCUAUGAGGGGUGUAAGGAGACCACAACUCAGGUGGCCAAGCAGAGGAAACCGUGGAUGUGCAAGAAACACCGCAACAAGAUGUACAAAGACAAGUACAAGAAGAAGAAGAGUGACCAGGCUAUGUCCAGUGGAAAACUAGAUGAAAACUCAGAGGAGCGGCCUGUGUCAGUGAACAAACAACGGCUUGGUGCCAUGGGGGACAGGCCAGCCAGACCCUCUUUGAUAGAGCAGGUCCUCAACCAGAAAAGACUGUCACUGCUCAGGAGUCCAGAGGUGAUCAGCUUCCUGCAGCAGCAGCAGCAGCUCCUGGCCUCACAGAGCCGCAGCCAAUCACAGCAGCAGUUUCAGGGCUGCUGACGCGGACUUUUUAGAUGAACGGAAGAAAAUUCUCAUGCGGAAAUGGAUGAUAAUGACCACAUAGUACUAUCAUUUAAAAGUAUGGAGACACUGGUGGAUUGAUCAAACUCCUUUAAAAGAGAAGAUAUGAAGUAGCAGACUGACCAUGUAUUUAAACCAUCUCUGAUGCUGUUCAGGAAAUAGUUUUUUACUACAGGCCAACCUUUGUUUCGUAUUCACCUUUUGCCAUUCUACUGAAAUGACUGUAAAUACAGCACUGAAACAAUC